AUGGCUGAACUUCCUGCGAGAGAUCAGUCUGGGGGCACUCCAUCCCAAGCGCAGGAAACGAAAGUCCCGGCAAUUAUCAUUUGCAAUGCGAUUCUGAUUGUCGCGUCGACAUUGGGUAUAUUUGUGCGCAUAUUUGUUCGACUUCGAUACAUUCAUUUUGGGUUGGACGAUUGGUUCUGCGUGAUCGGAUGGGCUCUCACAUUCGUAGAAUGCCUUGUUUGUAUAUUGAUGACAAAUUACGGAUAUGGCAGACACAGCGACACAAUUCAUGACUCUGAAAAACUGGUUAUGUUUCUCAAACUCGACUUUGUCACAGAAAUUUCCUACGUUCUCGCUCUCGGGUGCAUAAAGAUUUCAUUCUGCCUCUUCUACCUCAAAAUAUUCCCGGGAAAAUGGUUUAGGAUUAUGUGCUGGUCAGUACUGGUCAUUCUAGCUGGAGAGACUACCGCAGACUUCUUCGUGGUUAUCUUCCAGUGUUCUCCGGUUUAUAAAGCAUGGGAUGCCGCUGGCGUUGUGAAGGGAAAGUGUUUGCAGCUCCUUACCUUCUACUAUAUCGCAUUUGGAAUCCGAUUGGGAACGGAUGUCGCCCUUCUUGCGCUUCCUGUACCGAAGCUGCUCAAAUUGAAAGUCACGGGCGGGAAACGAGCAGGUCUGAUUGUGAUGUUUGGACUGGGUGCAUUAGUCACGGUGACUGGUAUCAUCCGAAUCACCUAUCUCAAUAACUUCUCAAUUGAUCAUACGUGGUCACUCGUCGAUACUCUCAACUGGUCAUCCACCGAGCUUGGAGUGGGAGUUUUUAUCGCCUGUGUCCCUUCCUUCAAAGCCCUAGUGACAUUCCGCUUCCCCAAACUGCGCUCGAUAUUUGGCCUUUCAAGCGACCGUAGCUACGGCGGGCGCUAUGAGAUGUAUGGAAACGGCACGGCCAGUCGACGGGCGACCCGCCCGGAUGAUCCUCGAUCGUGGAAACGGUCCCACAAUCACACAGGCAUUGGCACGGGCAAGCUGGGUGGCACACAGACACAAACCGAGAUUGAGGCAAGUCGCAAUGGCUCCGAAGAGCGUAUUAUCUCCCACUCUCCCGAAGGGAUUCAAGUUACGACGGAUGUGAUGGUAGAUCGAGCAGAGCACCAGCAGCCGGGCGACUCAAAUUGGCCUCUAGGACGGUGA